UAUGAGGAGGUUGCACGGAUGCGUUCUGUGCUAGAGGAGAGCGCGUGCUGUAAUUGUGAGCAUAGAGAGAGAGAGAGAAGGGGGGGAGUGUAUGGUAGAGAGAGAGAGGUAGAGAAAGAGAGAGAUGGUUUUGGUAGGAAAGCCUUCUGCCACAUGCUGCAAGGACAAGCCCCUCUCAUCAGCAUCCACAGUGCGCACAAGGGAGAACCGUUGAAUUAAAAGCAGUGAGGAAAAUAGUCAAUCUACAAAUAAGCGGUUGGGAAUCAGUAUGCGUCCGUAAAAAGAAGAAAGGGGAAAAAAAGCUCUCUGAGUGCUGGACUGAUAUCGCAUGGGGUCAUGAACAGUGUGGACCCAGCUUCUUCCAAACUGUUGACUUUCAACCAACGCUCUGCCUCUGAGGACUUGGGUUGCAGGCGUGGAGACUUCAGCCGAAAGCACUACGGCUCCGUUGAGCUGUUGAUCUCCAGUGAUGCUGAUGGAGCCAUACAGAGAGCUGGACGCUUCCGAGUUGAGAAUGGCUCAUCAGAUGAGACGACGGACUACACUCCAGGAACCUGGAGAAGAACUGAUGUUCAUCUGGAAAACCCAGAAUACCACACCAGAUGGUUCUUCAAAUACUUCCUGGGAAAAGUCCACCAGAACUACAUUGGUACGGAUGCAGAGAAGAACCCCUUCUACCUGUCUGUGGUCCUGUCUGACCAGAACAACCAACGGGUCCCUCAGUACCGAGCCAUCCUGUGGAGGAAAACAGGUACUCUAAAGAUCAGCCUGCCAUACAGUCCGACCAAAACGUUAUCGGUCAAGUCCAUCUUAAGUGCGAUGAACAUGGACAGGUUUGAGAAAGGCCCGAGGGAGAUUCUCAACCCGGAGAUACAGAAGGAUCUACUGGUGUUGGAAGAGCAAGAGGGAUCAGUCAACUUCAAGUUUGGUGUCCUGUAUGCCAAGGAUGGACAACUUACAGAUGAUGAGAUGUUUAGCAACGAGAUGGGGAGUGAGAGCUUUGAGAAGUUCCUCAACCUCCUGGGAGACAGCAUCUCUCUGCAGGGCUGGGCUGGCUACCGAGGAGGACUGGACACCAAGAAUGACACUACAGGAAUGAAGUCCAUCUACACGGUGUACCAGGGCCAUGAAUUGAUGUUUCAUGUCUCCACCAUGUUACCCUACUCCAAGGAGAACAAACAACAGGUGGAGAGGAAAAGACACAUAGGGAAUGACAUUGUCACCAUCGUUUUCCAGGAGGGGGAGGAUGCAUCUCCGUCAUUUAAACCUUCCAUGAUCCGAUCCCAUUUCACACAUAUCUUCGCAUUAGUUAGAUACAACAGUCAGAAUGACAGUUACAGGUUGAAGAUUUUCUCCGAGGAGAGUGUUCCUCUGUUCGGUCCUCCCCUCCCCUCACCACCAGUCUUUACAGACCACCAAGAAUUCAGGGACUUUUUGUUAGUCAAACUAAUUAAUGGAGAGAAGGCAACUCUAGAGACCCCCACGUUUGCCCAGAAGCGCCAGCGGACCCUGGAUAUGCUCAUCCGCUCCCUGUACCAGGACCUCAUGCCUGACCUCCACAAGGUUCCGUUCUCUCCUCAGAACAUGCUCAACAGACGCUCAUUCAGCGAUGUGCUGCCAGAGUCGCCCAAAUCUGCCCGUAAGAAGGAGGAGGCGCGGCAGGCCGAGUUUGUCAGGAUAGGACAGGCACUAAAGCUGAAGACCAUCGUCAGGGGAGAUGCCCCCACCAGUUUAGUCACCACAGGCCUGUGUAGGAAAGAGCCAUGGGAGGCCCAGUCGUUCUGCAGUACAUUUCCAUAUGAGACAGUGUGUGCUGACUCCUGGGGUCAGUCUCUGCUGGUCGCCACGGAAGCAGCAGGCGUCAUGUUGAUAGAGGCCAUGGAUCCACUUCUCUCAAACCCAGACGCCCAGGUCCUUCCCCCAGUGCAGGUGUUUGAUAAGACCAUGCUGCUGAAGCAGAUGCAUAUUGUAGAACCUCAGGACCUCCUCAUCACAAGAGCUGACAAAGGAAAGGAUGCACGACUCUAUGUGUUCAGACUGAGCAUGCUCAAGAGAGGACUGGAGGAGAGACAGCUAGUCCGCACCAAGUGUGACAGCAGAGAGAACAAGCUGGAAAAGACCAAAGGAUGUCACCUUUACUCCAUCAACACCCACCACGGCUCCGAGCUGAGGAUCGUGGCGGCCAUCAGGAAUAAGCUCCUCCUCAUCACCCGGAGGCAGCCCCGCACUGAGGCCCUGGGGGCCCUCGCCGCCUCGACCGAUUCGCCCGUGGAUGAGUUCCAGUACAUACGGGAGAUCUGUCUCUGUGACCCUCCAGUGGUCAUGGCCCUGGUGGACGGGCCGACGGGGGAGAACGACAACAUGAUCUGUGUGGCUUACAAACACCAGUUUGACCUGAUCAACGAGAGCACCGGGGACGCGUACCGGCUGCACCAUGUGGACGCCAACCGGGUUAACUUUGUGGCAGCGAUCGAUGUAUACGAGGAUGGUGAGGCCGGCCUGUUGCUGUGCUACAACUAUAUCUGUUCCUAUAAGAAGGUGUGUCCAUUCAACGGCUCCACCCCCAUGAUCCAGUCCAAUGCGUCUGACUUCCACUUCAGCUGGAACCAAAUGCCUAACGCCAUCGUGUGCGCGUUCCCCUACAUCCUGGCCUUUACCACGGACUCCAUUGAGAUCCGACUGGUUGUCAAUGGUAACCUGGUCUACACGGCCGUGGUUCCGGAACUGCAGCUGACUGCCUCCAGGUCGGACAUCUACUUUGUGUCCUCUGCUCCUGUCAACUCUGCUUCUAACUGCAGCUCCCGGGACACCAGUUCCCAGAGUUCCCCACAGACACCCACAGGCUAUGAGAUGCCCGUGUUUCCCUCACCACUGGGCGACGAUUCUAUACGGAUCCCGUAUGGUACCAGGCUCUCCCUGUACAUGUCUAAGGAUGCCGAAGGUGAGGCUCAGUGUAAGCAUAUCUUCAAGAUCCCGCUGAGUAACCUGGUGGGCCGCAGCAUUGAGAGACCCCUAAAGUCUCCGCUGGUCAACAAGGUGGUGACAGGCCUAACAGGACCAGCCCCAAGCAUGUGUGUGGCCGCAAUGGGGCCCCUCAUGCAGGGGGCCUCACACACCCUGUCGCUGUCCCGCAUGGAGAUUAAAGAGAUCGCCAGCCGCACCCGCAAGGAGCUACUGGGCUUAACCGAGGAGCCGAGCGCUAAGUCUGACAGCAGCACGGUUAAACAGAGGAAGAUGAGCAAGAAGAACACUGAGGAAGAGUCCAAGGCACGAGCACUGACCUCCUCCGGCAGUGACCGGAUGGGAUCUGAGUCGGCCGACACAGACUCCGAUGUUCAGCGGCAUUUCUCAUCCAGCUCGGAGGCGGAGCCAGAGAAGGUGGUGCUUAGAGCAGAGAGCCCAUCUCUUGCCAGCCCCUUCGCCCUCUCCACCUCAUUCGAAGAAGACGUCCUGGACCUAAAGUGAAGACAAUCCCAUCAUGCACUUCUUUUCUGCCCACCAGCUCUCCUCCAAAUCCCUUCUCAUUCAGUCAUUUUGAGUUUCGGUUGGGUUUUGGUUUGUUGAUGUCUUGUUUUUAUUUUGUGUUUAUCUCUAGUCUGAGUUUUCGUCCCCAGACAGAGUGAUUGGAGUAGUAUAAGAAGUGUAAAGUGUGUGUGUGUCUGUUUGUGUGUGUGUGUGUGUGUGUGCUUGCGUGUGUUUCAUAAGCGGUUGCUUCCCACAGCUCCAAUCAGGCUGUGUGUCUGUGUGUUUAUUGCACCGCGGCGAGUAACCCAAAGAAAACAAGGUCAUUUAGGGUGGUUUGCUUAAUUCCGAGGUCAUUGUACGGUGAAAGGUUUAAUCUGUAAACCAAAACUGAAUGUAAAUCUGCGCACCAAGGCACGACGAAAACCUGUAUUCGAAACGACACUCUCGCAAAGUUGUUACAGCUUACCAUUGGUUGUAUAUUAUGUGAUUAUUUCUGAUUCAACAGUUAUUCCAUGUAGUAUAAUAUAUGCAUAUGUAUGUGUCCAUCUAUUUAUACAUUAAGAUGCAGCCACAUUGACCGACAUGUAUGCCUUUAUAGAUAUAUUAUAAUAUGAAUUUUAUUCACAUAUUUAGUAAAUGUGCAAUGUUUUAUGAUCUCCAUGUCUGUCCUAUAAUUCCUUCCUAACUCCCAAUAUGCAGGUAGACAGGGCUUGACUGGAGACAGAGUCUGCCACAAGUGCCAUUUCCCCACAUCCCCCAUAGACUACAACUCCCAUCAGCCACCAGACCUCUCCCCUGAUUGGCUGGUCCCUGACAGUAGCGAUCAUGUCCUGUAUUCCUAUUCCCUUUGUAAAUAACUUCCCACAGCGACUUCGCAAGCUACGUUUAAUCAACAUACAGACACACACACACACACACAGAUGUCCAGGGCCUUUAAGAGCACCUGCAUGCCAUGCCUUUGCUAUUCUAUCUCCAACUCUCCCUGAUGAUCCAUGUUGCCACAGAAUUAAAAUGUGUAUGCAGUUUCCUGUACACAGACAGGAGUAACCCUUGACAGGAAGUUAGUCAAUCGAGUUGCUCGAUUGGCUAUACAGUGGAAGGAGAGUGUUGUCCCAGAUGGACAGACGGUUAACCGCGGGCUGUCCACUGUCGGACCUCCACUGGCACCGACUGACCGGACGGGACACCUACCAGCUGGUCAAGUGUGUAGCAGUCUGUGACUAGUCAACAGAGAUCCACAUGUUUUGGGUUUGAGGAUGAAUCGAGUAGCCGACUGCUUCCUUCCAGUAGUGGUGGCUGGAGGUGAUGUGGUCAGAUGGGGCUGUAUGUCCCAGAUGACACACUACUCCUCAUGUAGUGUGUUGCCUAUUGAACAGGGUCUGAUGAGCUGUUUGGGAGACGGAAUUCUCUCCUCAAACUCUUUCACAGGAGCAAGGCAUAACUCACCAAGUGCAAUGGGAGUAAACUAAGAGGUUCUAAUGCGUGUAUAGAGAGAGAGUGCGAGAGAAUGGGUCAGCUGGAAACGAACAGAGGGAGCCAUAACACUUAACCCUCUCUGAGUCCGGAGACAUGGGUAACUGAGCCCGAUAUGUGGGAUGAAUAUAGCAUUCCAGUCAGCAUGAAGGUCAGGGUUCAAAUCAUCACCGGGGCGUCGCGCCGCAGGCACUAUCUCUGUCAUGUUAUUAAAGCUCUACAGGUCAGGGGUGAGACACGACUGAUUACCGGGGCGUAGCAUCGCAGGCACGAUCUCUGUCAUGUUAUUAAAACUCUACAGGUCAGAGGUCAGACAUGACUCAUCACCUGGGCGUAGCACCACAGGCACCAUCACUGCUGCGUUAUUAAAACUCUACAGGUCAGGAAACGGACAUGACUCAUCACCGGGGCGUAGCGCCACAGGCACCAUCUCUGUCAUGUUAUUAAAACUCUACAGGUCAGAGGUCAGACAUGACUCAUCACCGGGGCGUAGCGCCACAGGCACCACCUCUGUCAUGUUAUUAAAACUCUACAGGUCAGGGGUGAGACACGACUCAUCACCGCAGUGUAGCGCCACAGGCACCAUCUCUGUCAUGUUAUUAAAACUCUACAGGUCAGGAAACGGACACGACACAUCACCGGGGCGUAGCGCCACAGCCACCAUCUCUGUCAUGUUAUUAAAACUCUACAGGUCAGGGGUGAGACACGACUCAUCACCACAGCGUAGCGCCACAGGCACCACCUCUGUCAUGUUAUUAAAACUCUACAGGUCAGGGUAAUGUUGAUACAAAGCCUUAACAUUCACUAUAUACAGUAUACAUCCUGUUAGUAGUGGUAGGAGCAUUAGGGAAAGUGCUAAAGCAUCAGUGCAUCCGUGUAGCUGUGUGAGCUCCUCUGUGUUGUGGGCUUGCUACAUGGCACCCUUAUUGUGACCUUGCAUGAACCCCCUGCUCUCUCACUCUUUCACGCCCCACUCCUGUCUUCUGUUCCUCUCUGUAUUUGCCUGUCUCAACGUGGUCUCACUUUCAACACUAUUGCGCAAAACUGGAGGAAUUAAAAGGGGGGGGGGGGGGGGAUGGGGUGACUAUUUUUACAAUGGAAUUUUACUUAUUUAUUAUGCUGGUUCUUGACACGAGUGCAGUUGAGUGGGGCUGGGAUGUCUGGCGGUUUGCAGGUUUGUAAUACGGCUUCUAUCACUUGGAUCGCUGUUCCCGUUCCUCUGUCCUUCGUUUUCGUCGGCCCUGUUCUGUCCACAACGCCCCGACUCCUUGACGUUUUUCGCAGUGGUUUUUGUAUCUAAAUCAAUAUUUACUGUUUAGACUGUUGCUCAAACUAUCUGUGAUAUCAAAAUGGAAGAAAAAUAAUAAAAAAAACACCAAAUGUCUUAAAAAUAUUGUAUCGCCAUCGUUUUUAAUGCCAAGUACUACUUGUAAAUGUUUGUGUUUAAAAUUUUGCCUCAAAUGAAACUGAAUUAAUAUUAUUUAUAUUAUUAUUAUUCAUUAUUAUUACUAUUAUUAUUUGAACAAUUAUUUCAGUUAUUUGAACAAGUGCUGUAGACCACUGCUGUGAAAGUAGUAAAUUCUGUUCAUUGAUAUGUAAUAAAUAUUUAUGAAAUUUGAACCUAUUUUGUUUGUAGUUUUCCUCAUAAUGGAUUUGUAUUGAAGGAGCUGUGAUUCCAACCUUUGACUGUACAACGUAUGGCUAGACCCAGCUGAAACAUGAAGGCACGUAGAGACAAAUUAGGGCCACAGGUCAAACAACACUCCUCUGGUGUCAGCUCUAGUCUUGUCAUUGAGAGGGCCUGGUACUACUGUGGUAUCAGCUCCUGUCUGGUCCCUGAGAGGCACUGUUACCUGGUACUACUGUAGUGUCUGCUCCGGUCCCUGAGAGGCCCUGUUACCUGGUACUCUUCUGGUGUCAGCUCCAGUCCGGUCCCCGAGAGGGCCUGUGGGUUUACUUCCAGUGCUUAGUUUGUGGGCAACCUGUGUGUUCAGAGGUCUUUACUUACUGCAUUUCGUUUUACUGUACUCAUACUGUUCAAUGACAAUAAAGUUGAAUCGAAUCUUUCC